CUGUCUGUAGUCUACCUCUUCUCUGGUUGUGGGAGGCAGACGGAGGAGUCUCCACCUCGGUAGCCUGUAUCAGUAUACACUCCCGGUACGCACCGUGUCCGGUAAACAGCGCAGAGGACGGGAAGGUGAAACGCUCUAUUUUUACUCUGCUGUGGAUAUAUAAAGCACUGCUGCCAGCUGGACGGGGCUGACAGUUGGAGACAUCCUCAGCGCAGUCAGGCGUUAGAGGUGCUGGUGCCCCGGAGAGAGACACGAAGACGGAGGACGACUUCUUUCUGUUUUCUCAGCAGCAGGGGACGGGCGGAGAGAGGAGAAAGAUGCCCAAACCAAUCAACGUGCGCGUCACCACCAUGGACGCUGAGCUGGAGUUUGCCAUCCAGCCCAACACGACAGGCAAACAGCUCUUUGACCAGGUGGUGAAGACGGUGGGUCUGAGGGAGGUCUGGUUCUUCGGCCUGCAGUACACAGACAGUAAAGGAUACAUCACGUGGCUGAAGCUCAAUAAGAAGGUGACCCAGCAGGAUGUGAAGAAGGAGAAUCCUCUGCAGUUCAAGUUCAGAGCAAAGUUCUUCCCAGAGGACGUUUCUGAGGAGCUUAUCCAGGAGAUCACCCAGAAGCUCUUCUUCCUGCAGGUGAAAGAAGCCAUUCUGAAUGAUGAGAACUACUGUCCUCCAGAGACGGCUGUGCUCUUGGCUUCCUAUGCCGUCCAGGCGAAGUACGGCGACUACAACAAAGACAUGCACAAGCCUGGCUACCUGGCCUCCGACCGGCUGCUGCCACAGAGAGUUUUGGAGCAACACAAGCUGACAAAGGAGCAGUGGGAGGACAGAAUACAGACUUGGCACGAGGAACACAGAAGCAUGCUCAGGGAGGACGCAAUGAUGGAGUAUCUAAAGAUCGCUCAGGACCUGGAGAUGUACGGCGUCAACUACUUUGAAAUUAAAAACAAGAAAGGCACAGAACUGUGGCUGGGGGUCGACGCCCUCGGGCUCAACAUCUACGAACACGAAGACAAGUUGUCACCAAAAAUCGGCUUCCCCUGGAGCGAGAUCAGAAACAUUUCCUUCAACGACAAGAAGUUUGUCAUCAAACCCAUCGACAAGAAAGCUCCAGACUUUGUGUUCUACGCCCCGCGGUUGCGGAUCAAUAAGCGCAUCCUGGCGUUAUGUAUGGGGAACCACGAGCUGUACAUGAGAAGGAGGAAGCCCGACACCAUCGAGGUGCAGCAGAUGAAGGCUCAGGCCAGAGAGGAGAAGCACCACAAACAGAUGGAGAGAGCGCAGCUGGAGAACGAGAAGAAGAAACGCGAGCAUGCAGAGAAGGAGAAGGAGAGGAUAGAGCGAGAGAAGGACGAGCUGAUCGAGAGGCUGAGGCAGAUUGAAGAGCAGACACACAGAGCUCAGAAAGAGCUGCAAGAGCAAACCCGCAAGGCGUUGGAGUUGGAGCAGGAGAGGAGGCGGGCGAAGGAGGAGGCGGAGCGGCUGGAGAAGGAGAGGCAGGCGGCGGAGGAGGCCAAGGCAGCGCUGGCUCAACAGGCUGCUGACCAAAUGAAGACCCAGGAACAGCUGGCUGGUGAGUUAGCGGAGUUCACUGCCAAAAUCGCUCUGCUUGAAGAGGCCAAGAGGAAAAAAGAAGAGGACGCAACAGAGUGGCAACACAAGGCUCUGGCCGCACAGGACGACCUGGAGAAGACCAGGGAGGAGCUGAAGAUGGCCAUGACGUGUCCUCCGGCGCCGGAGCACGACGAGCAGGACGAGACCAACGCUGAGGCGAGCGCCGAGCUGCUCAGCGACGGCGUCACCAGCCACCGCAGCGAAGAGGAGCGCAUCACAGAGGCGCAGAAGAACGAACGUGUCAAGAAACAGCUACAGGCUCUGAGUUCGGAGUUGGCCGAGGCGAGAGACGACAGCAAGAAAACACAGAACGACAUGCUGCACGCUGAGAACGUCAAGGCAGGCAGAGACAAGUACAAAACCCUGCGCCAGAUCCGCCAGGGCAACACCAAGCAGCGCAUCGAUGAGUUCGAGUCCAUGUGAGAGGGGGGGGGGGCGAAGGGCGGACCACGACAACGAAGAAGGGGCGGGGGGGGGGACAGUCGGUUUCGUUGCCAUGUCAACUCCUCACUUUUCCUCGUAAAAAAAAAAAGCCCAAAACCUGCUGCCACCUCCCAGGAACUCCUGCUUUUGUUUUUUUUCUACCAAGGAGAAUGACUGGCCAAUGGGCUUUGUAGCUUCAGCCUCGCCAAAGCUCUGCCUAGCAGCGGUUGGCCAAUCACACUGCUACCUGCUUUUUAGAGCUCCGCCCCCCCCCUCCAACCCCAACAAAGCACACGUUUUUAUCCGUCUGAAAAAUAGUACGCAACAUGUCCUGUCAAACACGGACCUCUCCCUUGUACAAUACGGACGAUAUUAAGGCUUGCAUGAAUGAUUGAUAAUUAAACAGGAACAUGAGCGAUGAGAGACUGGACAAAAUUGGUUAAUAUUGUGCUUUUUACGAAGGAAAUGGCCAUUUGUAGCUUGUUGAUGUUGCCGGCACGCUUGUCCGUAAAGCUUUAAUAUCCUUACUUUCACUUCUCUUGUCAUCAGUUGAACAGUUUCAAAUCAUUUGUUUGUUUUUUUUAAAACGCCUUAUUCAUCUCAUAUUUCCUUCAUGUCUAGUAUCAUUACCUUUUUGUCAUUUAGUGUUGGGAAAAUGAGUUCUGUGAUUACUGUCAUCCAUCUGUUUAAUGUCAGCUAGCUUCUUAAACCGCCGUGUUUGCGAACGCUCACUCCGACACUUGUGAGCCGACGGACACGCAAACGAAAUUUUUGCUGAUUUUGCAUUCUUCCUGUGCUGGCAUUCUCCAUCCAUUGAUACGUUUGUUCAAAUAUAUAUAUUUUGCCUCACAAUAAAGAAUGAAUUUAUAUUUCCAAACUAUGCAGCUACAGUAUGAUGUUAAGGUCCUGACUGAGGUCGCUGUCGGUAGCGCUGGAUUAAUUGGUAGAAGAUGUUGUGUUAUAGACGUACCUGUUCAAACCUGAUAUACACAGAGUUGCUUUAAAAAAAACGAAACAUGUAUAAAACUCAAUGAAACCCUGAAUUUGCUGG